CACACACACACACACACACACACACACGCACACACUGCCACACACUGCCCCAAUUCACUUCCCCAUGUCACUAUGGGCAACCAUAUCGUUGAGCCUCCUUCGCGAUCUGACGGUUCAGGCAACUACGGAAGUGUUCCUAAGAAGUAUAGAGUGUUAGAAUCCUUUCCUGAUGCAAAACAAGAACCGCAAGGUCGAUGGGCAAGGCACUUGGGAAGAAUCAUGGGUAAGAUCCGACACCAGACCAUCCACGACGAUAUGUUUUUACCAAGACUACCAAAAGGCUAUGCCCUGGCCUUUGACUAUGUCACUUCUUCCCGAUACACCGAAUCUCGCCGAUAUUCCUUUUAUAUUUAUGGACAUCCUUCUGGUCGAACAUAUCGGUCCUUUAAACAAUUUAGGUUGCAUUUACUUUGGCUCGAGACCAAUGAAAAGCUGGAUCAUACGCAAUGUCUGUGCGAACUUUGCUUCAGCAUGUCUCAUCCAUGGAUAUCAAAAAGCGUACGUAGUGUGAAUAUGUCACCCAUCGGUCCAAACGAAAUGAUGCAAAUACCGAUACCAAUUACCCCGCCACCCAUUGUUCAACCGCAGUUGUCGGUGGAGACUGUCGCUCAACUUCGAUUGCUGUAAAUACUUGAUCAAAAAAAAAAAAAAAAAAA